GGUUUGUGCCAGAUGUCGUUGCAGAAAUUGUAUGUGUAUUGUUGAUUUGAGGUUCCCUCACCUGCUGCAAGGACAUGGACAUGCUGUACAACUAAGCCUAUAGCCUAAGGCCUAAACUACGAACAAACCAUUAUUUUGAAGUUGAUUGUUUUUUAGUUGAAUUGUUUUCUGAUGAUAAGAUGUUUAAGAGAAAAGAAAAAGCAAGUACAAGUAGAUCUAGUGGUAAACCCACAAAUGAAUUGGCAGCUCAGCUUGGGCUCUUUGAUGUUCCAAAUAUAGAAUCAUUGAAUGCAGGUAUCAUGCAAGAUGAUGGAAAUGAUGAGGAUCUGGAGGCGGAGCUGGCGGUGCUGUUAGGUGGAGAUCCAUCGCCAAAGCCCAAACCAAAACAUCAGACAAAAGGAGGUACAUCAAUGAUGGAGAUUGACAGCAUGGUGGCUGAUGUAAUGAAUGACAAGCACCUUGAUGAGAGUGACACUGAUGAUGUGGAGAAUGAUGAAGACCUUUUAGCAGAAUUUCAGGAACUGGUAGCAGAUGGCGGACCUUCCCCUGCGAAGCAACCAUCUCCAGACUCCGCCAUAGCUCAAGCCACCCCGUCAGUUGAGGAGGAGCAGUUUAAAACAGAUGUAAUAUCAAUUGUAGCCGAGCGGUUAGAGAACUACAACGCAGCAAUCGCUAACGCGAAAGCAAAUGGAGAAGACUCAAAGGUUAGAAGAUACACCCGAGGACUAGAGCAAGUAAAGGCUAUCGAUAAAAAACUGAAAUCUGGGAAAACAGUCGACCCUGCAGACAUCCCACCUCCAGUCAUCGUCGGUAAACCGCCUCCCUCAAAAGAAACUGCAGCACCACCACCUCCAAAGCCUGUGGAAGAAGUAAGACCACCCCCAAGCAUAUCAGUUCAACCUGCCCCACCGGAGCCAUCCCUGGGGCAAGCUUCAAAACCAAGCAUCAAAUCAGAUUCUAGGUAUGUUCAGUUGUCUCAGAGAGGUGAUCAGUACAAACAAGCUGCAAUAGAAGCUAAACAAAAAGGAGAUAUGGACGCAGCUAAGGAAUACCUCAUGAUAUCCAAGCAAUUCCAAGUUGUCCUGAAAGAUUUUGAAGAAACUGGAGAUGUAGAUCUUACUGACAUGCCUCCACCUCCCCCUGGAUUUGGAACAGCUGGGGUACAAAGUGCGGCAACUGUCGAAGAUGUAUCAAAUCCAAAAGAUGCUGUUGAGGCGAUGGAACAGAGGCUUAGGAAGUACAAGCAGUCUCAGGAAAGUGCUAAUGCGGAAAAUAAUUCGGGGAAAUCGAGGAGGAUGGGAAGAAUAAUUAAGCAAUAUGAAGAUGCAAUAAAGAAGGAAAAAGCUGGAAAACCUGUAGAUUACGAGGAACUCCCAGCACCCCCUGGUUACCCACCUAUACCACAACGAAGAGCAACAAAGGCAGCAGCCCCUCCUCAACUCAAGCCAAGGACAGUACCAACAUCUCCGGCAGCCGCUCCUAAAGCACAGCCUAGACAAACAUCACCAGCACUUAAACCAACAGUUGCAAAGCAGCUUGAUGUUCUUGAAAAAAGAAAGAAGCAAUUCCAGAUCAAGGCACUUGAAGCCAAGAAGCAAGGGGACAUGGAUGAGGCCAAGAGGUUAAUCAAGAUAGCAAAGGGUUUUGACCCCCUAAUUGAGAAGUCACAGGGAGGAUUUAUAGUCAACAUGGCAACUAUUCCAGAUCUGCCAUCAGUGGAAGAUGCAGUAGAACUAGCAAUGGAAUGUAAUGAAGAGGUGACGGGAGACAGAGGAGAAAUGUUCUCACGGUUACAAAUAUCCCUCAAGAAACAGAUACAGACAUGUGACUCAAACAGAAGGCAGUUUUCGCAGAUGGGUAAUAUAAAUGAAGUUGAAAAGUUUGAACAGAUGUCGAGAACUUCACGGCAAGACUUAGACACGCUAGUAAAUGCUCAUGCACAUGGCGACCCAAUCCCUAGAUUCCAUUAUGAAUAUCGUACGCUACCAUCAUUGAGAGUGUGUCCUGACCUGUCAGAGAACCAAGCAGAAAUCGUCAUAAUACGUGGUGUGCAACUCAGCCCUCCCUCAGGCUAUUCUGCCAAAGAUUUAGAUACAUACGUUAAGUUUGAGUUUCCAUACCCAAGUGAUAACACACCCUCAGACAAAACCCACAGCAAAGAUGGUGACAAUCCUGAGUAUGGUGAGUCUUUCAAAUUGCCAAUUAACUUGACAUCAAGAUCCUUUGCGGGAGCAGUCAAGAGAAAGUCUGUCAAGUUUGAAGUCUUUUAUAAAAAGGGAUUUUUAAGGAGUGAUGGAUUGUUGGGAACAGGUUCAUUGAAAUUAACAGAUUUUGAAAAGAAAUGUGAAAUUCACGAAAGCCUUCAACUAAUGGAAGGAAGAAAGCAAGUUGGUGGAAAGCUUGAAGUGAAGGUUCGCAUUUAUCGUCCAUUAUCGGGAGUGAAACACGAUUUUACACGAGAAAAGUGGCUGAUCAUUGACGGCAGUAGCAAAAUAUCAACACAGAUGCUUAGUACUAGAAAUACUUCAAAGGGUCGUACAAGCCAAAGUAUUGUUACAAUUCUCGUUCGUAUGCAUAUUCAUUGGCACGCACAGUUGGUUGGUUUCACAUCCUGACACCAGAUAAGCACAUUGCGCACUUUGAAGAUAAGCAGACCAAAGUUGACAGAUUGAUGUGGAACGUUUACUUGAUAUAUAUUUAUAUUAUAUUGUUUACGUGACUUCGGAAACUCCCUAAUAUUUUGUGCAUUCACCAUUGUUGAUAAACAAUAAGGAUAUUUCGCAAGCUUACGAAAAUGAUAACGAAUGCGGAUACGUCAGUUUUUAGUCAACCAAUCCCCCUACAGUAGCGUAUCUGUCACAGCCUAUAGGCUAUCCAUGUUUUUUUACGUGUAUCAAAACGAUCAUAUUCACAUCGUAGAUGUAUUGUCAAGAAUGUUUUAGAAAAUCGAAAUCUUUAAAUUUAUUGUACUUAAGUAAUGUUUGAUUGAUUGUUUCUUUUUCUGUAUUGUAUAUUUAUUAUUU